AUGGUUGAAACAUUCAGUUUUGUUCAUUUGGCUUACUUGGUCUUCGAGUCUGUUUUACAGGUUGUCAUUAUUGCACUCGCCGGGUUUUGGAGUGCUAGUUCUGGGCUGCUACCCAAACAAAGUCAAAAAAUCAUCUCUUUGUUGAAUGUGGACCUUUUUACACCAUGUCUUAUUUUCAGUAAGUUGGCCAAAUCCCUUUCCAUGGCCAAAAUCUUCGAAAUAGCCAUCAUUCCAGUUUUUUUUGGUUUGACUACUGGUAUCUCAUUUAUUUCUGGAAAAAUAAUGAGCCGUAUCCUGGACUUGGAUAGAGAUGAAACGAAUUUUGUUGUGGCAAACUCUGUCUUUGGGAACAGUAACUCUCUGCCUGUGUCCUUGACCUUAUCUUUGGCUUAUACUCUGCCUAACUUGACAUGGGACCAAAUUCCCAAUGAUAGCAGAGAUAACGUCGCGUCAAGGGGUAUUUUAUACUUACUGAUUUUCCAACAAAUUGGUCAAAUGCUAAGAUGGAGUUGGGGUUAUAACAAGCUGAUGAAGUGGUCCGGAGAGAACACUCAACAUAUGCCACCCUCUCAAGUGCAAUCUUUAUUGGAAAGGACGCCGAACAUUGAUAACGAAGAACUUGUAAAUGAAGAACAAGAGGAACAAGAACUCCUUGAGCAAGAAAAUAACCGUUUGAACCCAUCUUUUUUGAGUUCUAGUUCCAUUGGUGAUAAGAUUUGGCAAAAAUCAUGUGCUAUAAUCGAGAGAGUCAGAGCAAACUUAAAUCCUCCAUUAUACUCCAUGAUUUUUGCUGUUGUUGUGGCGGCGAUUGGCCCAUUACAGAGGGAGCUGUUCAUGGAAGAUGGGUUUAUCAAUAAUACAUUUGCUGAGGCUGUUACGCAACUGGGUUCUGUUUCCAUUCCGUUGAUCCUAGUUGUCCUUGGUUCUAACUUAUAUCCUUCUGCGGAAGUUUUCCCAAAGACAGUUCACCAUAACAAGUUGUUGAUCGGUUCCAUCAUUGGAAGAAUGAUUUUACCUUCUUGCUUCCUUCUGCCCAUUAUAGCUAUUGCUGUUAAGUACAUAAACGUGAGUAUUUUGGAUGAUCCAAUCUUCCUUGUUGUUGGAUUUCUUUUGACUGUUUCCCCUCCUGCAAUUCAAUUAACUCAAAUCACUCAACUGAAUGAAUUCUUCGAAGCAGAAAUGGCUGACAUUCUAUUUUGGGGGUACGCCGUCUUGAGUUUGCCCGUAAGUAUUAUUGUUGUCUCAGGUGCAAUCUACGUUUUACAGUGGGCUAAUCCAACUUAA